CGAAGACUUCUUGGAAGCCCAAAAUGGCGCUGCCAUGGGAGCCUUUGUCAGAGGAGGAGCUGAAAUUCUGCUGGCAGUGUUUGGUGGAUCAAGGACAGCUAACGGCACCGAAGCUUCAAAAGUUCAUGUUGGAAGUCACUGGCGAGGAGCUGACGCUCUUGCAAGCGAAGGAUUUGCUGGGAUAUCUGGAUGCCACCGGCGAUGGCAGGGUGGGCAUGGAAGAGUUUCGGCACUUCAUGUCCACCAGUGAGCUGGAUAUGACAGAUCCCCAGACCUUCCUUUGGUCUCCAACCACCAGCUUUCGCCAGCGCAUGGGCUACGUACGCGUGAGUCCCCACGGCACUGCCGGUGCCGUUUCCGCGAGCGGUUUCGGGGAACCCGCGGAGAAGGAGGAGAAGAGUGCCAAGGAGGAGGAUCCCUGGGGCUUCUUCAGCGAGGCGGAGGCACCGUCCACCGAGUUCUCCCGCUCCAUGGACGACUCGAAGCGUCGGAACAGCGUGAAGAAGUCUGGCAAGACGCAUCGGCGGAAACACGAGGAGGACUUGCUCGCGCUGGACGAGGAAUCCCCCACCGUUCCGACGCCCGACCCGGGCGACGCGGCGAAGGACGAGGCGAAGGACGUGCCAAAGAAGCAGCUCGAUGAGAAGACCUUGGCAAAGAUCAAGAUGAGCAUCGAGAAGCACGAGCAGCAGACAUGGGAGCGGCUGCACGUGGAGCAAGAGAGUCUCCGCAAAAAGCUCUUCUCUCACUGGACGGCCAGCGGGGCUUCCUCAACAAUGACCAGCAAAGAGUACCACAAGAUGCUGAGCACCAUGCAUCAGCUGGCUCGCUCUUCAAUGCCGGGAGAGCUGAAGCCGGGGGAUACCUUGGCCACGCUGCACUACAUGCUGGAUAUCAAGGAGCCGGAGAAGCCCCGGACCUCGGAGAACCAGCGGUCGGAGACCCACGAGAGCUCCAAGACCAGCGCUGGGAAAGACGAAGAGUUGCUGCUACCGUUCUCGGUCUGGCACCGCUGCAUGAGCGGAAGAGCGCAGACUUCUGCGCCAAGCGAAGACAAGGCCAAGACAGAAGAUGAAGCCAGGAGCAGUCAAAAGGCUUGACAGGAUUGCGCGCAGCAAUCCAAAUCAGGUGCAAAUUUUAAUGUCAGUUGUGGAUCAUGAAAACUAGUUGUUCGGCCUAGCAGUGGUCGCGAUUUGAGUGUAUCAGAGUUCUCACAGCUUGCCAUUCCACACACUGGCAGUGAGAGGAGUGAAGAGGUCUCACCUUUAGAUGAACCAGAUGGACCACCAGCCAUUCGGAAGCCGCGGACGGCUGUGAAAAAGUGGUCUAAUGCCUGGCACAGCAGUGACGCUGAGGUGUUCAAAAAAUCAAUAGAAAUAGAGAGACGGUCGAUGUGGUUUAAUUUGAGAGGUGGUCCUCCACGCAGUGACGGCUGAUAGUCAUCCCAACUCUCGAUCGAACAGUG